AUGAGCUAUGCGGCUGCAUCGCUACGAACAGGGUGCCGUAUGGCAUACCUCCCCACCCUCCUUCGCCCCCACGUCCGCUCCGCAACCUCCUCCUCCCGCCCAUCAAAACCCUUUCCCCGCCCGGGAGCAAGACCACCACCCGCAAGAGUCGUCCACAAAUCCCAAAAGUCGUCUCAACCGCCCGCCGACAACCUCGGCAACUCAUUUUUUGGCAACGCCGGACCGACCCUCGUUGACGGGAAACUAUUGAUAUAUACCGGCGCGUUGACGGAUUACCUGAAUACAGUCCGGAAAGCCACGAUGGCGCUGCCGGCGUUGGGGUUGAUUGUCACGCCGGUGUUGAUGAAUGCUAGCCUGGCGGUUCAGAAUGGGAUUGCGGUGGAGACUUUUGCGCCGCUUGUGGGCGGGAUCCUAGCCAUCCCGUUCCUGGCCUCAACCUACGUCUCCCGCAACUACGUAACCCACCUCUACCAAUCCCCUCUGCGGCCAACAUCAAACCCCGAAUCAUCCCCCCAAACCCUCACAUUCCAAACCGCCUCCAUCUUCGGCAAGCCCAUCCACACGACCGUCGCCGUCACCGACCUGCGAUACAAACCCAAACACAUCCGGCGGACAUGGACGACCGUGCCUGACGCCAGUGGGAAGGGGAACAGCUUCUUUGUGGAGCCGAAGGUGUUUAGGGAUGACCCGGUGUUGGAGCGGAUAUGGACGCAGGUGGUGAGGCAGACGGAGACGGUGGAGGCGUCAUUUGGACAUUGGCAUACCGGAGUGGAUGGGGAUGUGUCGGAUAGGGAGAUGAAGAUGGGUGCGGGUCCGACGAAGCGAGGCUAG